AUGGCGUAUUUCUCGACCGUACCGGCCUUCCGCACAGCGCUUCUCCUCAUUCUGCUGCCUCUCGCCUCCCUCGGACCGACCGUCGUCCUCGUCGUCACGGCCUCGUCCAACGGCGAUGCCUCAAGCGCGGCUCCUCGAGGCCUCUUUCAAGGCCGGCUUCCUCUAAAGGUGCUGUCCGUGCUGCCAGCAGUGACCGAAUCUGCUGGCAGAACCCGAGGAGGAUCAGGGGCCGCUGGGGCAGGAGGUACUGCCACAGCUGCUUCCGCGACAAUCAGCGGCACGGACCCCAUUCAGGUGGUGUUCAACCGCGCUGUCAUUGCCCUAGGCAGCGACUUUGGCUUCGAUGCGUCUCAGGUCGAGGGAAGAGCACGGGCAGCAGGAACAGCAGCGCUGCAGUGGGGCCUGCCCCCUUCGCUGCUGCCCUUCUCUCUGGGGUGUAAAGGCGUUGACAGCGUUGCUGGUCGAGCCAGAUGGGUGACGUCGUUUGUGUUCCGCUUUGACCCCCUGGAAGAGUGGCCCUCCGACCUCACCUGCUCGCUCACCUGGAAUGCCAACUUCUCAGCGUUCGAUGGCACCAGCUGGGAUGAGGCAUCCCCCCCUCCUGCCCUGCAACUGCUCACUGACCCCCUCUCCAUGUCUCUCAACAUCGUCUUCUCACCCAUGACCUACGCUGCCACGGGCUCCUGGUCUACGCAGACAUCCUCCAAUUCGCCAACCGAAGCUCCCCCUGAUGCACAGCUGCUGCUCUCCUUCACUUCGCUCGUAGACAUCAACCUACUCCCCAACCUCAUUCAGCUACGCACCAAGGCCAACAAGGUGGUCCCCGGUGUGACCACCCACGUCAAGCCAUGCCCUUGGGAUGCCUUCUCCUCCAUCUCCCUCGCCUCCCUUGCUGCUGACUCCUCCUCCUCCACCACCAGCGCCAGCAGCAGCAGCAGCGACAAAAGCGCUGGUAGCAGCACCAUCGAUCGCUGUGCUGUCGUGACCUUCACAACCGCGCCAACAGGUGCAGAGAUAUCAGGGAAAGCGGCCGUAGCAGCAGCCAUGGCUGCUGAGUGGAGCACGGACAGCCUUUCUGUGAGCAAGCUUGCUGCUGCCGAGUGGGGCCCUUUCCUCCCGGACACUGAUUUCCACGUGGUCUUGCCCCGGGGAAGCAAGUACUACGGCAAGGCGGGGCCUCUCAAGCAGCCGCUUGUGGUGGAAGUGAGAGGGGCGUACCCGUUUAGAAUCACAACAGAUGGAUCCGAGGAUGGCACUUCCCUCAGCAUGGUGUCGCGCAGGAUAACCCUGCCACUACCACACGGGCUGCUCUCUCCUCUCUCGGAUCUCAAGGCGUGCCUGAGUCUGCUCCACUCUAGUGCCGCACAACCUAAAGAUGGCGCUGCUGCUACUGCUGCUGCUGCUGCUGCUGCUGCUGGUGUAGAAGCUGUGGCGUUUGACCUUUCUCGUCCUUCCAACGGCUCUCUCCUUCUCUCUGCGCCAUUAGAGCCCGAUGCUAAAUAUACUCUCACAGUGGCUGCAUGUCCGUCAGUGCGGGACGGAUUUGGCCUGCCUCUGCGUGCCUCUCACAUCGCCAUCACCACGGAGCCCCUACAGCCCUUUCUCGCCUUAGCGCCCCGCUCCCUCGUGCUCCUCGACGCCUCCAGUACCACCACAAGCACCAGCACAAGCACUAGCAGUGACAGUGACAGCCCAGGGGUGUGGGAUAAGCUCUGGCCGCUCUUUCUGCAGCUUCCUCCGUACCUGGGGUCAGACAAGCCCCCUCCUCUUGUCCUCGCGUGGCCCGUCACCUCUCUCCCGGUCACCAACACCCCUGCCUCCCCGUCCUCCUCCUCCUCUCUCUUCUCAUCCGCCGCCUCUGCUUCCUCUGCUUCCGCCGCUGCUCUCUCCGUCCCCUGGCUUGCAUCCGGCCCAGCAGCUGAAGCAGAGCCAUGGCAGCAGCAGGGCACGAAAGCCUCCUCCUCCUCUUCAUCAGCAGCUUGGUCCGCGUUUGCUGUGACUCCCUGCACGUCCUCUGCUUCCAGUGCUCGCUUCCACUUCAACAGCACGCAGGGUGGCUUCUCUCUCUCCUCACCCACUCUCAACGCCUCCUCCCUCCUCGCCCCAACCGGCAUGUUUGCCAUUCGUGGUUCCGGAUGCAUCCACUCAGACAGAGACAUAAGCACUGAGGCCGACUCUGACUCCGCUGCUGCUGCUGCUGCUGGGGAUGCGUAUGGUGAUGUUCCUGGUCGCUUUGGUGGGGGGAGGAAGAGGCGUGGCAAGCGUGGGGUGCGGGAGCUGUCGCAGCCUUCGGCGGUGGUGGCAGAAACGGAGGUUGCUGCUGUGAUGCUGCAGGCGGGGGAGAAGCAUGCUGUGGUGUGGGUCACGUGGCUCAGUGACGCAAGCCCUGUUGAGGGAGCCACAGUAUCUCUGCUUCCCUCCGAGAGCAACAAGGUGCAUGCCCUUCACCUGCAGGCCGAUGGUGGCGAUCCAGUGGCGCUGGAUACAGUCACGGGCAAGACCGACAAAUCCGGCAUUGUGCUGCUGGCUCUUCCCGCCGUGCCGCCACAAUUCUGUGGCAGGGCAUCAGUACAGGCAUCCGUUGCCUACUCCUCCCGCUCCUCCCACUCCUCCUCAUCCCAGCGUCUCAUGCUGCUCCAAGAUUUCACCCUGCCCUGUGGGACUUCAGACUCCUUCGAGUCCUCCUCCUCCUCACAGUCUCCUCUGCAUGCGUCUCUCGUGCUGGAUCGCUCGCUGUACCGCCCCGGGGACACCGUGCAUGUCUUUGGCGUUCUCAGGCAGCCUGGCCCUGACGGCAAGGCCCCCCACCCUCCCCCUUUUCUCCCUCCAAUUGCUGCUGGUUUGGCUCCUCUUCUCCCCCGCUCCCACCCUCUCCUGCCCUCCCCCAUCCCCUCCUCCCCUCCUCCCCACCUCCCCUCCUCCCUACCCCCUGUGCUGCAGCUCCUCCUUCCCAAGCCAUCCGUCCGCCUCGUCCUAAGCUGCAACCUUCCCAACUCCGAAACCCCCAAGCGAAUCCCCAUCACCAUCCACCCGCAAUUCGGCACGUUCCAAGCAGACAUCCCGCUCUCUACCACCACUGAUACCGGCUCCGCCUCUCUCCAACUCGAGCUAGCCCAGCAGGGAAACAACAACCUGUGGGUAGACGGAUACGCUUCGUUCCAAAUCAGCGACCCCCGGCCGCCCACUGUGACUCUCUCUCUGUCCGCCUCUGAUGCUGUGGCGAGGAUUGGGCGGGGGGUGGAGGUGGUGGUAACCACACGGACGUACAUAGGAGGCCCUGUGGCAGGAGAAGAGGUGAAGGUGACCCGGGCGUGUGAGUCGGGAGUGGUGGUUGUGCGCACCAACAGCAGUGGCGUGGGUGUGGCAGUACUGGAUAUAGAUGCUGCACUCGCUGAACCCACCAGGACACAGGUGGGAUCUCUCUCCCUCACAGCAGAGUGGGUAGGACCCACCAGAGAGCUCCUAUCCGACGCCACAACCCUCCCCGUGGCCCUCUCAUCCUGGUCCACGCGCGUUGCUCUCUCUGUGCGCGACCCUGUCCCGGGUCAGCCCUUCCACGCCUCUGCGCGCCUCUUCUCCCUGCUCGACUCCGCCGCUGCUGCUGGGGGAAUGGAUGAUGAUGCUGUGGGGUUUGGUGGCGAUGUUGCUGUUUCGGACAUGCCAGGGCGGUUCGCUGCGCCUGGUGGUGCUGCUGUUUCCACGAGCAGCGGCGGCAGUGGUGGUGGUGCGGCGGGGUCUGCUCCUUCCGUUGUGACGCUGUCGCUGGUGCUGAAUCGCACUGUGACAGACGCCUCAGGAGCGGUUGUCUCAUGGAAAGAGCACAAGGUGUCCUCCUGCAACGUCACUCUAUCCUCCACUGCGAGCUUGGACACUGCUUCUGCUGCCGGUAGUGCUGCAACAGGAGCAGCAGGGGCAGCAGGGGCGGCAGGGGCGGAAGGGGUGGGGGAGGCUGUAUCUGGGUGUGGGUUUGUGUUGCCGGAUGUGGGGCGGGCUCGGCUUCUCGCAUGCAUCACGGACCAUGAGGGGACUAAAGCAUGCACCUCUAGACGCAUUGGCAGAACCCUGCAGGAGUGGCAGGCCUGUCCGCUCUUCUCCCUCCCCCCACCCACCGGCACCUUCAACAAGCCAUCCUACCUUUUAGGCGAAACAGCCACGCUCCGAUUCGAAAACCCAUACGAGGGGGCAUCGGCUUUAGUGCAGGUGACAGCAGGCCAGGCAGCGAAGGCCGAGGUGUGGCGCGAGCUGCACAGCGGGCUCGCGAGAGGAAUGGUGGAGCUUCCAGUGGUGGUAGAUGAGAAGUGUGGUGGGAGGAGGGUGUCUGGAAGCGCAAAUGCAAAUGCACCUGGGAGUGGGCCGCCGCCAGGGUGUGCGGUGACAGUGGUGGUGGUGUCGCCUCGACAGGGCUCGCAUCCUCUGCAGGGAGGGGCAGCUGAGAAGGUGCCCACUACGGUGAUUGCUGACCUUGCAGGACCGUCAUCGUUCACGCUGCACCUGACUCUCCGCGUCACUCUGACGCCUCCUCCUCGCCUCUCGCUUAACAUUGGUGCUCCCUCAGGCCAUGUAUCAUCAGGCAGUGAGGUGGAAGUAGCAGUGCGAGUGACAGGGCUGGACGGAACCUCCCAGGGCCACGCACCCGUGCCAGACAAGGACGUGCAGGUGCUGCUGGUGGCCGUCGACAAGGCCUUCCUCGACCUGAUGCCGCACGCUCUGUCGGACCCCACAGCCGAGUUCAACCCAGUGUCGCAGUUCUACGCAUCGCCCUCCCUGGCCGUGUUAUCGCACGAUGCCAUGCUCAACCCCUCUGCUAUCCACGCCCUCGCACAGGCGUAUCGCCGCAGGCGCAACAAAAACCCCUGGCUGCAGCCAUCUGAUUGGAUGGGCAGCAGUGGCCGCUCGCAGUGGUGGAUGGGUGCAGCAGGCGGCUUGCCCUCCUCUCAGGAGCUCUGCUUCAACUCCAUCGCUGAUAACUUCACCCAAGGAUCCGACGCUGAUGGCCCGAUGCUGUACGGCAGGUACGGUAGGGGCCGAGGCAAGAGAGGCUUUGCCAUGGCCACUGCUAUGGCAAUGGACUCGGUCUCUCGAGUAGGUUCUGCUGCUGUCUCCUCCUUUGCUGCCGGAGGCGCUGCAGGGAACAACGGUGUGAUGAUGAUGCGAGCAGCCAUGCCUAAAAUGGCCGCUAUGGAUGCACGCGAGUCUGCAUCUGCCGAGAUGGCGAACGACAUGGGCGGUUCACUUGGUGUUGCUGCUGCUGCCGGUGCUGGUGCUGGUGUUGGUGGCUCAGCACUAGCUCUUGCCAAGAAACGCACUAAUUUCACCAUCACUCCGCUCUGUCGCACUGCCACCGCACCCAUCACCACCACCUCUUCCUCUGCCUCCUCCUCCUCUCGUGUUGCCACUGCCACCUUCCGGUUCCGCCUCCCUGACUCCAUCUCCACGUUCGUUCUCCGAGCCUACGCUGUCACCGGAGCUAGCAGCAGGUUCGGAGCAGCGGAGACGGAGCUAGUAGCGUCUCGCCCCCUCGCCCUGGUCCCAUCUGUGCCCCGCAUGGUGCGAGCAGGGGACAGAUUCACAGCAGGCGUCACGGUCAAUCUCGAUCGAACCCUGGCUGAUACGAUGCUGGAGGCAGCGGCAGGGAGAGGAGGAGCAGGGGAAGCAGGAGGAGCAGGGGCUGCGGAUGGUGGCAAAGAGGGACGGGGGAUGGGAGAGGGGACGGGUGUGGGGAUGCCUGUGACUGUGGCUGUUGCUGUGGUGGCACCUGUGUCUUCGGACCCUGCUGAUGGGAGUGGCGGUGCGAUGAGUGGCAGGAGGGGUGUGGUGCAGGUGGUGGGGCUGAAUGAGAAAGACGACACGGUCUUCCCAACGGGCCCUCUGGAGGUGCGGUUCAACAUGGAAGCAUCAGUGGUGGGGGCUAUCGCUCUCUCCUUCACAGUGCAGUCACCCGGCCUUCCUCCUGAUGUGCUGGUGGUGCCACUGCAAGUGGAGGGAGUGCAGGAGGCAGUGACAGUGGCAAGCAGUCUUGCAGUGCAGGGCCAUGCACCCGUCUCCAACUCUGCUGCUGCUGCUGCUGCUGCCGCUAGUGGGGAUGCACAGCCAGGGGGUUUCGCGGGGCUGGCAGGGCAGUGGCAGGAGCAGAUCGCUCUACCCAGUGAUGUUCUCCCAGGGAGCGCCCAGCUGAACGUCACUGCAGGAGUUGGCCGCCUGCCAGCAGUGCUGCAGCUCUCCUCCUCGCUGCUCCACUUCAACACCUGGUCAGACCAGCCCUACCCCUCCGCCACGCACCUCCUCUGGUCCCUCCUCCCCUCCGCACUCCUCCACCAAUACGACUCCGCCACGUCCCCCUCUUCUUCCUCCUCCGCGGCUCACUCUGCAUGGUCCGCUUUCAAGUCGCUGUUUUCGGCAGCAGCAGGUGGUGCUGGUGGGGGGGCUGCGGGAGGAGGGAGUGCGGUGUUGAGUGAAGCGAGGAGUGCAGAUGCCCUGGCUCGGGCGCGACUGCAAUCGUACACGCUGCAAUGCUGUGGCCUCGUGGACGAUCCCUUCACACCCACCCCAAACCGAUACACCGAUAUCCGUCUCAACGCCUAUGGCAUCAUGGUUUCACGCUACCUCUCCCUUUUGAACGCAUCCCCCAUCCCCAAAUCCGUGACUGGCAAAUGGAGGGCUGCUUUGAAGGGGGUUCUCAGUGAGAUGGAGAGGCGUGCAAUUGAGCAGAGGAGUCGAGAGGUGGAGGAGGAAGAGAAGCAGGAGAGGAAGCGGAAGGAGGAGGAAGGGAUUGUGGACGAGGAGGAGAAGGGUGAUGCCGAGGGCGGGGGGAAGGACGAGGAAGAGGAGGAGGAGACGCAGCAGCAGCAGCAGCAGCAGCAGCAGCAGCAGAAGCAGAAGCAGAAGCAGAAGCAGGAUGUGGAGGGUAGGGAGUUGGGAGACUCAGUGGUAUCAUCAUCGUCUGCUUCUGCUGUCCUCUCCUCCUCUGCUUUUGUGCAUCGUCGCCUGCUCUGGGCCCGCAUUCCCGAGGGCGAAGUGAUUCCAGGUGAACCCAGGCCUGCUGUUGCUGUGGCUCGAGCUGUUCCUGCUGAUGACCCAGCAGAGGAGAGGGAGGAGGAGGGUGUUGCGACGGCGGAGGGAGAAGAGGAAAGCGAAGAGGGAGAGUCAGCAGCAACUGCUGAGUCCUUCGAGGGAGGAGAGACGGGAGAAGAAGAGGGUGUGGCGAGCAGUGUGAUAGGCACCGUGGGGUUUGAGGGACAGGCGGGGAGGGGAUGGGAAGGCCAGGAGGCUGCUAUUGGGGAAGCCGUUAUGGGGAAACCAGCAUUUGGAGGAGAGGUGGGAGGGGCAACCGGAGGGGGAAUGGCAGGGGCAAUAGGAGGGGAGAUGGGAGGGGCGGUAGGUGUGGAGAUUGGAGGAGCUAUGCCGGAGCCAGCGUGGGUUGCGCCAGAGGAGGGUGUUGGUUCACCGUCAUCUCGCCGCCUGCUCUAUUUUGACUGGGAGCUCGUUCCUUACCUCUGGCUGGGCCUCGGCACGUCCCCGCCUCCUCUUUCCCGAGCUGCCAAGGUCUCCCCUCUCCUUUUCACGUCCCUCAAGCACCGCUUCGCCAGCCUCUCUCCUCUCGGCAAGCUCUGCGCAGCUCUGGCCUUCGUUCUCGAAGCAAAAGAGGGCCACCAGGACCCUGCCGCUCUCCUUCGAACCAGCAGCAGCAGCAGCAGGCACGCAGCCGCAGGAGCAGGAGCGCAGGAGGAGGCAGAGUCAGAAGCAGCAGAGGCGGUGGGGUUGGCGGUGACAUGGACGCUCAACAGCAUGAGGGUGCUGGGUCGUACGGCGUAUGUCACUGCUGCUGCCAGCACGCCUUUCUCUGCCGGGGGAACUGCCAAUGCGCUCGCUCUGCUGCUACUUGUGGAGACGGGUUGUGACUCGCCGCUGGUGGAGAAGCUAGCCAACCACGUGGCCGGCACGGACCGUGCAUCUGCAACAGCCUAUGGCGCAUGGGCAGAGCAUGCUCUCUCUGCGCUCGCCCUCACCCGCUACGACAUGCAGCGCGGCAGCACGGCCCCUCACCUCGUCCUCACUGUCUCCUCUGCUCCCAUCUCCACUGCUGCUGGUGCUGCCGCUGCUGGUGCUGCCGCUGCUGGUUCUGAUGGGAGUGGGGAAGCAGCUGGUGCUGCUGCCACCACUGCCACCACCAUUCUCUCGCAUGUGUUCUCUCCAUCUGUGCUUGAUGCGCAAUCAGCAGCAGCUGCAGUAGCAGCUGCAGGAGCAGGAGCGGGAGCGGGAGCAGCGGUUGUGUUUGCAUCUGUGCCGUGGGCCACUGCUGCUGGCCGCGUCCCUUCCUCUCUGCUCAUUGACGCACAGGGCACAGGCGAGGUGUCGGUAUCAGUGGCACUGUCGUUCAUCCCAGGCAGCAUUCUCCCCUUCCCCACAUACCGAGGCCUCUAUGUCGAAAAGAUGUUCUCCUUCAAAGCACCUGCCGCCGCUGCUGCUUCCGUGGACACAGCAGCUCCUCUGCUGCAAAUGCCAUCUUCCACUCCCACUUCCUCUGCGCCAGUGGGAGUGGUGGUGACGGUGACCAUCCAGGUGACCACACCAGACGAUGCUCGCAACCUCGUCAUUCUCGACCUCCCUCCUGCCGGCCUCGAACCCCUCGACCCCGACCUGCCCUCACAACAGCAAACCACCCCCGACAGCAGCCCCACGUCCCUCUGGUCCCUCUGGUGGGCGCCCUGGCACUCCCGCACCACGCGCCCCUCCCACGUGCGCUUCGCCUUCCCCUUCCUCCCCGCCGGCACGCACACCGUCUCCUACCAAGCCAUGGCAGUCACGUCUGGGGCGUUCGCUCUCCCUCCCGCCAAGGCGUUUCUCCAGGAGCAGCCAGAGGUGCUGGGGCUGUCAGCUGGAGGGCGGUUCUGGGUGCUGGCGGCAGGGCAGAGGGAGCCGGAGGAGGCGAGGGAGGGCAGGAGGAGGCUGCUGGCCGUGCCGAAGCUGUGUCCGAACGACUGCAGUGGGUCGGGCACAUGCAAUGUGGCGACUGGCACGUGCAUCUGUGACCGCCUCUUUGCCUCCGCGGACUGCUCUCACUUCACAGGCAGCACCACAGGCAGCAGCACAGCAGGCAGCAGUCACCAGCAGGGACAGGCGCACGGCCAGAGCCAAGGACUAUGGGAAGAAGGGACCACGGAAGGGGGCAACGCACAGGGGGGCGCUGGUGCAAGCAGCGGCGGAAGUGGGGAUGGGAUUGGAGGAGAGGGGAAGGGCAGGGAUUUCUCGGAUCUGGUUCAUCUGACGGUGCCCUCAGCGUCGGUGCUGGCGGUGGCGGCUGCUCUCACGCUACUGCCUCUCGUGCUGCUGCUGCUCUCGUCCCGCCCCCGCCUGCGCUCCCUGGCUGCCCGCCUUGCUGGCUACCGGGUCGUACACACAGAGCAUGGAGCGAGUGAGCUCAGCGCGACAGCUUCAGGCUCAGGUGCACAUGGGCAGGGAGGGGAGGGUACACCCAUGCUGCGGACAGAGGAGGAUUCUGAAUAA